CUUUAAAAGCACCAGCAAAAAUAACAAUAAAAAAACAGCAAAAAAAAACAAGCAGAAAAAAAAAUAUUUUAACAAAAAAUAUAUUUUUUUAUACAAAACUUGACGAGGAGCGUAUACUCUGUUAUGGAGAGUGACGAUUUUCAUUUACCGCAAGGCGCCAAUUAAAGGGGAAAAUCCAUAAACCGAGGAUUGCAAGAGUAAAAGCGCGGAAAACAAGGUCCGGAAAAACGCUGGAAAACCUGGAAAAUGGCAGCAGCAGAGGCGGGCAAUACGGGCUCCACAGGCUCUACAGGAUCGGGAUCGGGCAGCACCUCGGAUCCAGCGAAUGGCAGGGAGGCACGCAAUCUCGCCGAGAAACAGCGGCGGGACAAGCUAAAUGCGAGCAUCCAGGAGCUGGCCACUAUGGUGCCACAUGCAGCGGAAUCCUCCCGUCGACUGGACAAAACCGCCGUCCUCAGAUUCGCCACCCAUGGCUUGAGACUCCAGUAUGUCUUUGGCAAAUCGGCCUCCAGGCGCCGCCGGAAACCCAUGUUAAAGGGAUGCUCGGGCUCCCCGCCUGGAGGUGAUGUCCCCAAUCCCAGUCUGCAUCUCACGGACACCCUAAUGCAACUGCUGGACAGCUGUUUCCUCACCCUAACCUGCAGUGGCCAAAUCGUUUUGGUCUCCUCCAGCGUGGAGCAGCUAUUGGGCCACUGUCAGUCCGAUUUGUACGGUCAGAAUCUGCUACAAAUCACACAUCCCGAGGAUCAGGCUCUGCUGCGCCAGCAACUAAUACCCAGGGAUAUAGAGACCCUGUUUUACCAGCAGCAACAGGGGCAUACUCCCCAGCAGCACUCCACAUCCACUUCAGCCUCAGCUUCAGGCAGUGAUCUGGAGGAGGAGGAAAUGGAGACGGGAGAGAAUCGGGUAGAUCAGGAGGAUGAGGAGCAGCAGCAUCGAGAGGAGGAGGAGGACGACGAUCAACCGUACAACCGGCGCACGCCCAGUCCACGGAGCAUUGCCCAUCUGGCGGCCAUCAAUGAACGUCUGCGCACCGACCGCCGCUGCUUCACCGUCCGCUUAGCCAGGGCCUCCACGCGGGCAGAGGCCACACGGCAAUACGAGCUGGUCAAGAUCGAUGGCUGCUUUCGCCGCAGUGACUCCUCCUUGACCGGAGGAGCUGCUGCCAACUAUCCCAUUGUGUCGCAGUUGAUACGGCGCUCGAGGAACAACAAUAUGCUGGCUGCGGCUGCAGCGGAGGCUGCGGAAGCGGCGACAGUGCCGCCCCAGCACGAUGCCAUUGCCCAGGCGGCGCUGCACGGGAUCAGUGGCAACGACAUUGUGCUGGUGGCCAUGGCCAGGGUGCUGAGGGAGGAAAGGCCGCCCGAGGAAACGGAAGCGAGCGUCAUGGCCUUCUACAGGCAGCCAGAACCCUACCAGUUGGAGUACCAUACAAGGCACCUUAUCGACGGCAGCAUCAUCGACUGUGAUCAAAGGAUUGGCCUCGUUGCAGGCUAUAUGAAGGAUGAGGUGCGCAACCUUAGUCCCUUCUGCUUUAUGCACCUGGACGACGUGCGUUGGGUGAUUGUGGCCUUGCGGCAGAUGUACGACUGCAACAGCGACUACGGCGAGAGCUGCUACCGCCUGCUGUCCCGCAACGGACGUUUCAUCUACUUGCACACCAAGGGUUUCCUAGAGAUCGAUCGCGGCAGCAACAAGGUGCACUCCUUUCUGUGCGUCAACACGCUGCUCGACGAAGAGGCGGGCCGGCAGAAGGUGCAGGAGAUGAAGGAGAAGUUCUCGACAAUCAUCAAGGCUGAGAUGCCCACCCAGAGUAGCAGUCCAGACUUGCCGGCCUCCCAGGCCCCGCAGCAGCUGGAGAGGAUAGUGCUCUAUCUGAUAGAAAACCUUCAGAAGAGUGUGGAUUCGGAAGAGGCGGUUGGGAGACAGCCCUUGGAAAGUCUAAUGGACGAUGGCUACAGUUCGCCAGCGAAUACGUUAACCCUUGAGGAGAUGGCUCCCUCGCCCACGCCCGCCUUGGCCCUGGUGCCGCCGGCUCCAUCCUCGGUGAAGAGCUCCAUCUCAAAGUCGGUGAGUGUGGUCAAUGUGACGGCGGCCAGGAAGUUUCAGCAGGAGCACCAAAAGCAGCGCGAUCGGGAGCGGGAGCUGCUAAAGGAGCGCAGCAACUCCUCGCAGGGAGUGAUCCGCCAAUUGAGCAGCUGCCUCAGCGAGGCGGAAACAACAUCCUGCACUCUGUCACCGGCCAGUAGUUUGAGUGCCGGUGAAGCGCCCGAUGCGCCCGAUACGCCCGAUCCCCACAGCAAUACGCCGCCGCCAAUGCCGCUCCAUACGCGUCCCAGUGUCCUGCAUCGAACCCUGACCAGCACGCUGCGAUGACGGGCUGAUGGAACCUGGUUUGCCUUCUAAAUGGGUGUGGAAAUGGACGCCAUUAGUAGCUCACAUUGCCCGGCUGAGCAUCGGUGAUAUAAUCCAAGCAAAUCGCAUGUGAAACCCCAAAAUGUAUCAGCAAAACAAAAGCUUAUUAUCAGAUACUUUGAAAAUUCGGCCAAAAGAAAAAGUAAUUUUAAAGUUCAUUUGAUAAGCUUAAAUUAAUAAUAUAGUUUUUAAUCGUCAAAAUCAUCCGAGAGCAUGUGGUUCUUAGAACCCUCCAUAUAACAACUUUUAAUGAUACAAUAUUUAAAGUUUUAAACAAGCAGACAUUUUUUUCAAUUUUAUAUUACAUCAUCACUUGUCUUACAAGACCAAUUAAAAAAGCAAUUCUGUAAUUUAAAAUCGGAAUUCCCUCGAAUUCUGGUUUAUACUACUUACGUUUCAACUUGUUUAGUAUGCAAUCUUUAUUAUAUACCAAACAAAAGAAUUAGGUAUAUAUAUUAAUAUAUAUUUUUAAAUGGCUUCAUUAUGGUCUAAUAACUACGCUUAUGUCAAAAAAAGCAAUAUCAGGGCGUAUUUGUUUUGAGAUUAAGGCAGCAAUAAUAAUCUGAUCACGAUGAUUGUUAGAAAGCCGCUUAAACUGAUAAAUGAGGAAGAUACAUUUUGGGCAUUGUCUAUCACCGAUUUUACAAGCAAAAUCGACAUAAAAUAGAUCGAUAAUAUGUUAUAUUGAUCGCCGAUCGGUGUGUGCUGCUAUAUGCGUUCCAUAAUCAAUAAUCUUUGUUAUGUAAUUACUUUUAAUUUGUAAAUAUGUAUGUGUAUGAGCGAGAGUGUGUGUGUGUGCAUGAGUGUGUUUGAAUAUUAGACCAGUGCUCGGCUUUGAUUUUAGUUGAAAUUUAAACCCCAUUUCCCAGUUAUCAUUCCCCCUUUCCCCGCACCCCGCACACCAGUGUAAAACGAGUACAAAAACAAACAAUUAUAUAUUUAUUUCGCCCUAAGUCUAAAUCGCGCUAUAAAACAACUCAUUAAUAGUUAAACGGAUUUUGCAAUCAAUGGAAAUUAAACGCUUUAUUUUUUUGCCGUCUCAGUUGAAGAAUGAAAGAGAGGGCCACAUACAGUCGAACUUCUCUAAAUCGAACUUUCAAGACACCUGAUAAUGUGGUUUAAUAUUAUAAUGAGUUCUAAAACGUGUUCAUAUUCUUAAAAUUUAUAUAAAAAACCGAGUUUUAGUACGCUUUCAUGGAAACUUGCUUAAAUUGUUUGAAAGUGUCGCUGAAUGUUAAUUUUGUUCUUAUAUUUAAGUAACGAAAUAUGUUGAGUACGCUUAUAUAUAUUUCCCUCUAUUUUUCCAAAUUUAGAUAUUGUUCAAAACGUAUAAAGAUUUGAAAACAAAGUUGGGAAAACUUAUAUUAUGCAAAAUAGUAGACCAAAUUAAAAUCUAGAAAAAUCCAAAUUGGUAAUGCCAAAAAUCUUAAAAAAAAAUUAUGCACUAUAGUUUUUUAAUAUUCGUUAAAAGUUCUUAGUGAAGACAAAUUAAAGCUAUGAUAGUAAUAGGGAAUAGGGAAUUUUUAAGUGAAGAUAUAGUUCGACUUAGCGAAGUUUGACUGUAGUCUAAUACUCACAAUGCCAGAGAGGGAGAGGGAGAGCAUCUCCUCUCGCUCUGACCUGUUAUCAAAGCCUUUGCCAUCGUCCUUGGCAUAACGUCCUUAUCACCGGCGUAUCUGAGCGAAUAUAUGAUUUGUUUCGGGGAAGUGGUUGUAGUGGUAAUUAUGAGGCGGUGGGUGGUUUCGGGGCAGAGGGGGCCACGUUUCGUUAUUUUAUUUUAUGUUCUAUAGCGAAAUUCUGCUAGCUAUAAACUUAUGCAUAUAUAUAUAUAUUAUUAACUUUUUGUUUAGCUCAAUUUUUUGUUUGUAUUUUUAAUUAUUACUCGGUUUGUCUAGUGUGUAAUUCAAUUAAAUGUCUAAUGCUAAUUUCCCAGCGAAUCGUUCAGUGUUUGUUCAGACGAGUUGUGCUCUUUAAAAACUUUUGGUUUAUCCACCUUUUGUAAAUUUUCGUUAGUUUUUCCUUGUGUUGUUAUUUUCCCCCCAAAAAAGCAAAACAAAAUUUGUAUCUUUUUUUUUUAGUUAAUUAGAUUUAAGUGUAAUGUCAAAUGUCAAGCGGUAUAAUCUACGUAAGAAUAAUAAUGUGUAAUGUCUUUUUUAGAACUUGCUAAAAUCUAGCAAUAAAAACAUAGCCUGUAAUUAACAAUAAUUAAUUAUAAUAAUCAGUAACAGUUCAUGCAGAUGAAACGAAAAUAAAUAAUAUAUUAUA